UUGUUUUCUUAUUCAGCUUAAUGCAGGAAAGGCUUGAUCCAAAUCUUCCAUACUACGCGCUGUAUAAGUUGGAUUAUGACACGUUCCAUCAAAUAUUCGAGCUUUGUUCCCCCUGGAGAAAGGCCGAGGUUGCAGAUCAACUGUCUUUAAGAAUGUUCAAGAUAAUGGAUCCAACAAGAAAUGAAUUUAUUAAUUUCAAGGAUGUAGUGAUUUUACUGAGUAUGAUGUGUGGAGAGGAUUUACAGAAGAAACUAAAAUUGCUUUACUGUCUUCAUCUUCCGGGAGUUGUUCAUCCUUCAGAACUAGAGCAGGAAGAACGAGAGGGUGCUGAAGUUGCUUCUGACGCUACAGACUACUUUACCGAGGAUGAUCUUGAGAUUGGUAAAACUGUUCAGUUUAUCAGAGAACAGAGUCAGGAGGCCAACCUAGGACAGGAAGAGGAUGUUAUUUCAUCCAUACAAGAUUGGUUAGUUCGACAGUGCUCUAAGCUUGAAAUGAAGAAGAUCCCUCCACUACCCCAGAAAUAUUUUGUUCUCCUGUGGAAAACCCUGUAUGCACUCUUCAUGGAACCUGAUCUUAGUGCACCUUCUACAGAGGAACAGCAGAAGCUGUACCACUCUGUGUCUGUUGUUGGAACCCUCCUUCUUCAGAUCGGCGAGGUCGGAGAGAGAUUGGACCGGAAAUCAGCUGAAAGGAAACUGUUAUUGGAGUCUGAACCCCAUAUCACCGAAGGAACACCUGAACUUGCUGAAGAUGCCUCUGGAGAAGCAGCAACAGUUAAGGAAUCUGGAGCAGCAUCUUCGCCAGCUACUUCAUCCGAAGCUGUUGACGAGAACAAGAACAGUGCAGGAGCAGUGUGGAAUAUUAGCUUUGAGCAGUUUCUGGCGAGUAUUCUCACCGAGUCUGUUCUUGUGGAUCAUUUCUCAAAAGGGGUCGAUAUACAGGCUCCUCUGACUGAGUUCAGUUGUCAUGGAUGGAGGAAGGCCGCCGAUCCAUUACAGUUGGCCGGUCAUCCAGUUGCCAAUUCAGUUUUCUAUGUUUAGUUUUAGAUAUUACCAAUUAUAUUUUAGUACAUACAAUAGAUG